ACAAAGGUUGGGCGCAAAAGUUGGGCACGGUUUUCCCACACUCAAUUUCUCAAUUUCUCCUUUUUAAGAACAAACAAACCCCAUCUCUGCUCAUCACCAUCUCCGCUCCUUCACUGCGCCGUAACCAGAUCUCCCUCAAUCCUCCAAUUUACCGGUCGCAAAUAAUGGCGAUACCAACUCAAAACACCGCCGUUCUUGUAUUCGUCGUCGCAACGGGAGUAUUGAUGAGCAGUGCGUGGGCUCAUUCGCCGGCGCCGGCGCCGGCGCCUGGAACAGAGACUGCAGCGGCGCCGACGGCGGACUGUUUAGCGAAUCUGCUGAACAUGUCGGAUUGCGUGCCGUAUGCGGAGGUAGGAAGCAAUCUGACGAAGCCUGAUAAAGCGUGCUGCCCGGAGCUGGCGGGGCUGGUGGAAGGAGCUCCGCAGUGCUUGUGUUAUUUGUUUGAUGGAAAGACUGCGCAGCAGUUCGGCAUCAAUGUCGAUAUGGAUAGAGCUCUCAAGCUUCCUUCUGUCUGCAGCGUUGCUACUCCGCCGACUAGCUUGUGCUCACUUUUGGGCAUCCCAGUUCCUUCUCCAGCUGCCGCUCCGGGCGCAUCAAAUACUCCAGGCUUAGGACCAAGUACAGCAGCAAGCCCUACAACCGAUGGCAAUGACAGAGGAGCUGCUUCUUCCAUGGUACUUUCUUCUCCACUUCUUGCCCUGAGCAUUGGAUUAUUGCUGAUCGAGCAAACCAUUUAGAUUUCAGUUUCAAUUAUUUGCCCUUCUUUUCUUUUUAAUUUAAAUUUGUGAAAUUAUGUUUAUCAUUAGAUAAUUCUAUACCUAGCACCACCAUCAUUAAUAAUUGUAGGAGUUUAUGUAAUUUAUUAUUGUUGUUACCAAUUUCCAUUUAUUUUAUGUUAGAACAAGAACAAGAACAUCACAAUUUGUUUGACGAGAAAAUUUUUAUUCGGAAGUUACCAUUG